UGUGUGCUUUAUCUUUCGUCUCUGCCAUUCUCCAAUUUGAAACGCCUUUAAAUCCGCUUCGCCUCUGAAGUUUCGGGUGCUUUUGGCCAACAAACCUUAACCACAAAUUAUGCCCGAAUGAUGCUCGACGGGCAGCCAACUUCAGUUUCAAGAGCCCCUUAAAGGCAGACACAAAUACGGACAUUACGUAUAUACGAGUAUAAUUCCAUAGAAAAGCCGGCAUUAGCAACUACAGAGUGAGAGGAGGGUCUCUCCGGCAAGAAAGAGAGAUGAAAACAUAUUUUGGGGGGUUGAUUUUUGGGCGUUGAAAGCGCUUUUCACUAAUUCAAUGCGACAUUGAAAAUAGCACCGCUGUCUGCAGACUCUGGGCGGCUAACGCAGACAGCGGGUGGGGGGCGCUGGUCGUCUGACUAGACCGAACCGGAAGGGCGUCAGCGUCUGGCGCUCAGCCAGCCCAAGGGAGUGGUAAAAGUGCCGGCAAAACGAAAGUGCUAUCCUGGGAGGAAUCCUGGAAGGGAUAGCUAUGACUGCAUAAAUUAUGUAUGUAUAUUUUUGGCUGCUCGAUUAUCAACUCGUCAAUGGCGCAACAUUUUUGGCAGUCAGUUUAUUGGGUAAAGGGUGCAACUAAAAGAGGAAACAAUAAUACACUCUACUGGGGAGAUACUUACAGAACUGAAACAGAAUAAAUAUUAAGAAAGGUAGAAGGAAAUCCAAUAUAAAUUGGCAUUCUUAAGAGGCCUGUUGGAGAAACCAUUCGAACGGAAUCAGAACAAACCCCUUUCUCUGACGUUAAUAAAAUAUGAAGAGCACGUGACUGCUGCCAGGAACAGGUCCUCAAAAUCAAAAUCCUGGACGGCAGGGAGGAGGAGUCUGGCAAAGGGUUCGACCUCGAUUAGAUUGGGUCAUAAAGUGAUUGUGAUUUUCGUUUUCUAGAGCAAAUAGCCCGGCAAUUAUUUGCGGCGUGUGUGUGUUGUUGUGAUUCCAAACGGGCUCGCUGCAGUUUCGAAUUCGAUUUCGAUUUCGAUCCGAUUUUCAUUUACGGCCACGGGUUAGCAAGCGUACGUAUUGGCCGGAAGACACAGAGACACCGGCCCCGUUAAGAUUUCGGUCGUCGGCGGGGGUCAGAGAGGCUCGAAGAUUUGGCGUCGCGAGAGAAUCGAGAUGACAAAUGACCCGGACCUCGAUGACUGUGCCUUUCUGUCCGGUGGCGAAUCAAGCGGCGGCCGCCAGACGCGAACCGGAGUGGCCGUCUGCUCCCAGCGGCGGGCCCUCCUUGUGGCCGGAAUCGUGCUCGGCUCGCUCCUGCUGACGGCCAUCAUCAUCGCCUACGCCGGACCGCAGAACGACUGCUCCUGCGGAUCGAAAACGGUGUCCGGAUACGAAUCGGAUGAAGAAAACAACACCACCCCCUUCAAUCCGAUUGCCACCAAUGGGGAGCCCUUCCCCUGGCUGGAAAAGAUGCUGCCCACCAGUGCGCGUCCCCUGCGCUACAUGGUCACCAUUCAUCCCAACCUGACGACCUUAGACGUGAAAGGUCAAGUUACCAUCGAUUUGCACGUGGAGAAGGAGACCAACUUCAUUGUGCUUCACAUCCAGGACCUCAAUGUCACCGAAAAGGCCAUUGUAACCCCCGGGCCCAAGGGCUAUGCCCUUAAGAUUGUCAAGGUGCUGGAGUUUCCGCCCCGUCAGCAGCUUUACAUCGAGGUGAAGGAGAAGUUGAAGAAGAAGUCCAAUUACACUCUCAACCUGCGCUGGUACUCCAAACUCAAUCCAGAGCCGGAGGGCUUCUACGUGGACCAGUAUGAGAGCUCCAACGGAGUGGAAAGAUUAUUGGCUGCCACUGUUUUCCGGCCGAACGGUGCGAGACGGGCUUUUCCCUGCUUCGAUGAGCCGCAUGUUCGAGCUCCAUUCCGUAUUUCCGUGUUCCGUGAUCGCUUCCACAUCGGACUGUCCAACUCCAUAGUGCACACCACCGAAGAUGUCGGCUUCUACAUGGGCACGGGACUGCUCCGCGACGACUUCAUUGAAACACCACCUCUGCCCGCCGACGCUGUGGCCUGGGUAGUGAGCGACUUCCAGCGCGAAUCCCUUCAGCCCUCCGCCGCCUACAUUCCGACGACAGCAGCCCCACCGGGCUCCGGCGUCGGGGGCAAAAAAUCCGCCCAGCUGAACAACUACACGCAGCUGAAAGGCAAGAACCCGCCGGUACGGAACAUCACUGCACUGACCCAUUCCCUGAAUGUGAACCUGACGCCGCGCCAGAACCUGAGCUCCAUUCAGGCCACCACGACGACAGCACUUCCAGUGAAUCUGAAUGGAAACGGAAAGCCCUCGAAUCUUACCUCGCUGUCCCAGUCAACGGGAUCCUCCAUAAAGCGAGCUCCUUCCUACACCUUCUAUGCGCCCAGAGAUCUGCUGGUUCGCUCCUCGUUUAUUCUGCACACAUCGCGGGAUGUUCUGGAGUAUCUGCAAACCUGGCUGGACAUAAGCUAUCCCCUGACGAAAGUGGACUUUGUGGCACUACCGUCGCUCGAUCGUAAUCUAAUAUCCUCGCUGGGCCUGGUGACCCUGAAGACGUCCUUCCUGACGGAUCCGCACUCGAUUACCUCGGAACAGUAUCAGUUCAGUGCCCUGCGCAUUGCCGAGGCUAUGGUGAGGCAGUUCUUUGGAGGAAUCACCUCCCGGAAAGUACUUAAGGACGUUUGGUUGUGGGAGGGGCUCAUCCAAUACCUGGGUAUUCAUGCCCUGGCCCCACUUCAGGACAGCUGGCCACUGCGGGAGAUGUACUUGCUGAAAAUGGCCACCGCGGCACUCGAUAUCGAUGCCAUUCAAGGAUGGGACAGCAUUAUGAACGGCACCAGUCACGAUGGCAACAACGAGGAGUUCUUCGUCCAGAAGACAGCCGCCAUAUUUUCCAUGCUGCACACGGCCAUUGGGGAAGAUCGUUUCCGUGGGUGCCUGGGCACUUUCCUCAAGGUGAAUCGUUUCAAAACCGCCGAACCCACUGAUCUUUGGACCAUUUGCACUAAGAAGGCCAACGGAUCAAAGAACAUCAAGGACAUGAUGACGUUGUGGACACAUCAACCGGGAUUCCCGCUUCUCACCGUCACCAAAAUGGGCAAUAGCAUUUCCAUCUCGCAGAGACCCUUCCGGCCGGCAGAGUUCCUGGCCAUUCAUGACGAUUCCUACGACGGCAACAAUUACAACAAGACGACGGUCAAUGCCACGGAAAUCCCCAGCACAGUGGCGCCCUCUUCCCAUGGCAACAAGCACAAGACGCCACCUCAUAUGAAGUGGAUAUUCCCGGUCACCUAUGUCACCGAUAUAAAUAAUGUCAGCGAAACCCUUUGGAUGCAGAAUGUUGAUGUAACCUUCAAUGUGGCGGAGAAUGUCAAGUGGAUCAAGGUGAAUGCCAUACAGAAUGGAUACUAUCGAGUGGUCUACAAUGAUGACAACUGGGCGAGUCUGAUUGAAGAGCUUUCCAACAAUCCCAAACGGUUUACCAGCGAGGAUCGCUUGGGCCUCUUGUCGGACGCCUUCACCUUAUGCCACGCCAACCUGCUGCCCUGCGAGAUCACCAUGAACAUGAUCCAGUACCUGCCCAGCGAAACGCACUACGGACCCAUGGCCCUGGCCUUGAGGCAUCUGGAGAAAUGGCGACGCAUCCUCAAGUAUUCCGAAUGCUUCCUCAUGCUUAGUGAGUUUAUAAAGAUAAAGAUAACCACCGUGAUGGAAAAGGUGGGCUGGUCGGACGAAGGCGAUGUGGCCAUCAGGCUGAUGCGUCCAGAGGUUCUGCUAGCCUCGGUCCUGUGGGAGGACAUCAACAGCAUAACCAAGGCCAAGGACAUGCUUAACCAGUACUUGUACUACAAUGGCUCCGCGAUUCCCCCCAAUCUUAGAGAGGUGGUCUACACUGGGUCUAUCCUGUCAGGGGAGUACAUAUACUGGCAGCAUUGCUGGGAGCGCUUUGUGAACCUGCAACGCACCUCGGAAACUUUCGUCGAACGGAUGCAGUUGCUCCGUGCGCUGGGCAGAACCAAGGAUGCCUGGCUGCAGAACCGCCUGCUCUCGCAUGUCACGAUGCUGCCCACAGAGGAGGUGGUGCAGGUGCUCAAGGCCAUUGCGGGCACGCCCACGGGCGGAGCCAUGGCCUGCCGCUUCCUGCAGGCCAAGUGGUUCGAGCUGGAGAAGCGCCUGGGACCGGGCACGAUAAGUUUCGCCAAGGUCAUAUCCGCCAUCACCCAAUACGGGGCCACCAAGUUCGACUACGAUGAGCUGAAGUCCUUGGUGCAUCGCUUUGGACGGGGUCACGGCAUGUCGGUCCUCAACAUGACCCUGAGCAGCGUGGCCUCAAACGUGGAGUGGGUGGCCAGGUCGCAGACCUCGCUCUACAAGUGGGUGGAGACCAACCUGCACAAACAUCGAUAAAGGCCAAGAAGGAUAAGCAGGGACGCGAGAGUCCUCUUCAAACUCAUUUGUAAUUAUGUUCCUCUCAGACACGAAUCUUAAGUGGGUUUUGAUUUUUAUCGAGUUAACUAUGGAUCUAAAUGUGUACUCUUUAGCAUAUCAUUGACAGUUCGAUUGAUCUCCUUGGUUCCCUCGUUUCGUAGGUCUCCUAUAAGUUUAGUAUUUUAAAAGAAAACCCCUCCCCCUCACUCGCACUGUAAAUUACAAAUUGCUAUGAUCAAGCAGCUCUUAUAUAUGUGUAUAUCUAUCCCGUGGUGGCGGGAGUCCUUUUCUAGCACAUAUAUAUGUGUAUAUCUACAACUGAACAUAAGGAUCUAUCUAUAUAUGUAUAUUGUAUAUGUAUGUAUAUUUUACAAACCAACAGAAACCCAAAAACCAAACAUAUUUAGAGCAAUGAAUAUAAUUGUAGAGUGUAAGCAAAGAACAAAGAACAAACAUAUUUUUUCAUAAAACACAAAAACCAAAACCCUAAAAACCAAAACUCCCAACUCCCAGAUAUACUAAAAUCGCUAAAGGAUUAACUGUAUAGCAUAUGUAUAUUAGAUUUCGGGUGUGUGUCCGUGUAUGUGCGCAUCGAAGUAUCACAGAAUUCUUCCUUUUGUCCAAAAAGCAUAGUCUACUUAUCGCAACAUAAUGCAUCCCUCUAUAACGAUCUAAGGAUACUGCCUGACCAACACCAAAACACAAGUGUGAAAAAUAUUUUAUGAUCUAUAUUAGCUUCCAGCAUAGUAUUACAAUUAUCAUUUUAAGAUUGUUUCCAUUUCGAUUUAGAUAAUAUUUAACUAGAUUCUCUCUACCGGAAGUCUAUAAAGGUGAGACGGCCUUCAAGGUCAAUCCCAAUCGAACUCAGUUGAAUAACAAGUUUCAGCAGAGACAUCAACUGAUGCCACAUAUUUAAAUAGCAAUUCAGGCACGCGAAAAAUGUAAAUCUCUAACGACUUUUAAAUUUAAAUACUUUAACGAUAUCACAUGGCUGCCAUAGGUACUAGUCUUUAUUGGCAGAGUGGUCUUAGGUCAGGUGGGAACGUAACUUAGGCACUCGGGAUACAAAAUACAAUAUAGUCAUACCCCCAAAUGUACAUACAUGGCAUACAUGCUGUAGUUCUGCUAGAAGUGAAAAAAAAAAACAAAACCAAAAAAAUAUUAGUCUAACACUUUUUAUUUCCGCACCUAAACUGGCAAUCAGUUUACUACAUUCCGUAACUACGAUUUAGGUUUUCGUUUAACAAUAAGUGGUUCGCUCUUGUGUUUACCAUAUCGCCGCUUAUCAUUUAAUUAGUGUUAGAGCGUCUGUCCUAAAGAUAGUCCAAGGUGUUUGGGUAAACUGAGGGAAGCCUCCGAAACCGAAGCCUGGGGGCACCUGGCACGCCGGUUUGAUAUUAUUUAGCCGGCCAUAUAAACGUGUUUGAGUUGUGCCAUGGGCGGCAGUCCCCCGAUAAGAGAGUGCCAGAUUACAAAAAGAUUAGCACUGGGAUGGGUCAGGGGCGUAGCGACAGUAGGAUUCGAGAGGGUUAUGGCAGAAGAGCUAUAUUCGUAGUAGAAACUAUAAGCAGGCACUCAGUGGGAAAGCCAAGAGUAGUAUUAGUAACCCCUUUCGAACUACGCCCAUUCAGAUUCCCCCUCGAUCUUCGAUUGGUUGUCGAGCCUUCAACUAUUUUUGGCUAUGCUAAUUUGUAGAUUUGUAUUUGCAUCGGACCACUAGAAAUCUUUGAUUUGGGCUUCUACAGAAAACGUGAUUUUGGAUGGAAACGGAUGGUUUGCUUGGCUUAGACACACUCAAGACUAACUCAAAGAUACUCUCAAAGAUACAUACUUGCAACAAUGUCAAUCGCUCAGAUACCCCAGUAUAUACAUAUACGUGACAACAAAAAUAUUUAGAGGCAGACAAAGAGACGGGAGGAGAUACAAAAAUAAAAUGUAACUUUAUUAGCAAACAAAGGUAGAUCACAGAGAAAAACACACAAAAACAAGUUUUGGAGCGAUUUUACCGGAUUUUCGAUAAAUGUAUAACCAUACAAGCAACUAAAAUGAAUAAAGAAAAUAAACCCCAAUAGGAAUAAUAAAAUCGAAACACAACAAAUAUAAACAAAAACAAAAUACUCCAAGCCCAGGAGCAGAACUUGGAUGGAUUACGAGAAGAUUUAGAAAGUUUUUACGGAUCAACUGAAACAGAAGACUUCGCCUAAGUUCGAACUUUACAUUAUUUCAAUACCCAUUUCCUUGUCCAGUAUAUUGUAUGGUAUAAUGCAUAUCCGUCCACAGCUUUGAUUGACUUAUCACGUUUGGGUUCCAUUAAGUUCAUUGAAUUCAUCUGACCAACCUUCAACCUUAAACCUUCAACCUCCAACCUUCAGCCCAACCAGCCCGAAAAGCCCCUUAGACCUGGAGUUGGAGAACGGCAAAUGGCCUUUUUCGUUAGAUACCCCGAUUGAAAAACGAAUUCUAGUUAAUUUUAUUAGAUGAAAAUUUAUUUGAAAUCGUUGUAAACCUAUGAUAAAUUAUUAGUUACGCAUUGGCUAUCAGUUUUAUAUAAAAUUGGCGUAGGGAAAAUACAAAGUGUAUCUAUGGUAGAAAUGCAAUGGAAAGCAGGCAGAGCAACUCUUAAGACGUAAUUCUAAUUGUAUGCUAAUGAUAUAUACACAUCUAUACAUAAAUAUAUAUUUACAUAAUGUAAUUUAAGUCAACUGGGAAUAUUAAAUAAAAGCGAUAACUAAUCUGUA